UUGUGAUCGAUUACUCUACUUGUAACUAGGUCAGCCAUUACAGGAGCCAACAACCAGGAAAAGUAAUCGAACAAGGAUCGCAUUUGGUCUGGGAGAGAAACGCUGUCAAAAUGCCUCUUGGUCGGUUAUUUUUGAGGACUUCAACUGUCAAUAGGAUGGUUAGCAGAAAUUCCUUUAUAGCUUCCAAACCGGACCCCUCCAAGCCAAACAUGCUGAGAGUAGGACUAGCAUUUGGGAGCACAGCAGUCUUGUGGGCAUUGCUGUUUAAACAGCACAGCACUGAUUUGCAUGAGUACAAAACAAGGAAUGGGUUAGAGUAAUUCAUGAGGCCAUUGUAUUUUUUCCCCCUUUGUAGGGCAGCAGUUGCUCUUUGCUUUGUGGAUCUUCUGUUUUUCCUGUUCCAGUGUUCAUCUGCUUGUACAAUAAUGUUUAUUAAAGAUGUGUAUAUAUAACAUG